GCAGCAGUCCACUGUCCGUCCCGCUCCGGUCGGGAGACAACACAGAGCCACUCACUCAGGACAUGACUGAUAGCAACUAGCUAAGUAUCGGCGUCCGAGAAGAUUUCCUCUGAGAAAAGGGACAAACUGGAUGUAGAGGGCAAAGAAAUCGUCAUAUAUAUAUAUGUUUUUUUAACAAGAGAGGUCGCGGUCUAAAAGAGCGGUGCUCGCUACGACACCGGUUAAAGCUACUGCUGAAGGAGUCGGUCAAGUGCGGUGAACUUAUCAUUUUGUUGUUUUUGUAGUUUGCAAACUUUCUCAGGGUACAUUUCACUGCACUGUAAUAGGCAUUAUCGCGAAGGGAGAUUAUCCACCAGCCGGAUUUGAACAUUGUUGGCAGUAAAUGAUUUACUACAGAGCAUUUCUGCGGUAACGUUAGACCCAAUUUGCUGAUAGUAGUCUUAGUUUAGCUGGAGACGGUGUGGCUCUUUGGUAAAGUGCACUUUCAAGGUUACGAGGAAGGCAACGACUUCGAUGUUUAUUAAAUGAGACGUGCGCUCUGGUGGGUUACUCCCGCUAGAGAUAACACAGCACUGUAAGCAAAUAAAGGUGCCACGGUCUGUCAGCGUUAUAAAAAAAACUUGAAGGAGAAAGCUGUAUGGGCUCACAGGUUCACACAUGAGUGAAGACAACUUACCGACAUUUAUGGAGGGUGGGUUUGUAGUACAGCUCUGACUGUAAAUCUGGAGUGGGGCUCUUUUCCAAGAUGCAAGUGCACUGUUGAGGACUGUCGUAACAUUUUUGCCAGGGAGUACUUUACAGCAGUUUUUUAUUAGGGCUUUUACCGCAUGAAUUAGCAAAACCGCGAGUUAGAAACUCGUCAGAGACAUUGUAUUACACCGCCGGGAUUGAACCAAGACGAACGAGUGAUUUCCCUCGCGCUCGGACCAUGGCCUCCAUCUCGCGGAGCAGUUGCUUCUGGUUGCUCUGGAGACGCACCUUCCUCGCGCUGUGGCUGUGUGCGCUGGUGGCGCGUGGAGCGGAGGAUGCCAGCGCCUUCAACGCAGAGGCAUGGCUGAGGAUGUACGGUUACCUGCCCCAGGCCAGCAGACAGAUGUCGACCAUGCGAUCAGCUCAGAUCCUGUCCAACGCAGUCAGCGACAUGCAGCGGUUCUAUGGCCUGGAGGUCACUGGAACGAUGGACCCUCAAACCAUCAGUGCCAUGAGGAGACCCCGCUGCGGUGUGCCUGACAAGUUUGGAGGCCAGAUCAAAACCAACGUGCGGCGGAAACGCUAUGCCCUCACAGGACAUAAAUGGAACAAGAGCCACCUCACUUACAGUAUCCAGAACUACACUCCCAAGAUUGGAGAGUAUAAUUCAUACGAAGCCAUCCGUCGCGCUUUUAAAGUCUGGGAGAGGGUGACCCCGUUGACCUUUGAUGAAAUUCCCUACCAGGAGAUCAAAUAUGGACGCCGUAAGGAGCCCGACAUUAUGAUCUUCUUCGCUUCUGGUUUUCACGGAGACAGCUCUCCUUUCGAUGGGGAGGGAGGCUUCCUAGCUCAUGCCUACUUCCCUGGACCUGGGAUGGGUGGAGACACACACUUUGACUCGGAUGAACCAUGGACCAUAGGAAACCAGAACGUACAAGGUAAUGACCUCUUCCUGGUGGCAGUCCACGAGCUGGGCCACGCCCUGGGUUUAGAGCACUCCAACAACCCACUGGCCAUCAUGGCUCCCUUCUACCAAUGGAUGGAGACGGACGACUUCCAGUUGCCUGAGGACGACCGGCGGGGCAUACAGCAGAUCUAUGGUCAACCAGACAGCGGCCCCACCCAGGCCCUGCCCACUGUGACACCCCGCCGCCCAGAGCCCAGGCCACCUCAAACACCUCCUCGGCAUCCUGACCGUCCCAGGACCACAGAGAGACCAGAUCACUAUGGACCCAAUAUCUGCGAAGGGAACUUUGACACGGUUGCAAUGCUCCGAGGAGAGAUGUUUGUUUUCAAGGGCCGUUGGUUCUGGAGAGUGCGUAGGAACAGGGUUCUGGAUAACUACCCCAUGCCCAUCAGUCACUUCUGGAGGGGUCUGCCUGGAGACAUAGACGCUGCCUAUGAGAGACACGACGGCAGGUUCGUCUUCUUUAAAGCAAACAGAUUCUGGCUCUUCAGGGAGGCUAACCUGGAACAGGGCUAUCCAAUGGAGCUGGUUGAUUACGGUCAAGAUAUUCCCUACGACCGAAUAGACACAGCCAUCUGGUGGGAGCCGUCCGGCUACACUUACUUCUUCCAAGGAGACUGGUACUGGCGCUUCAACGAGCAGUCGCGCUUGGCUGACAGAGGCUACCCGAAACCAAUCAGUGUCUGGGGAACGUCAGUGCCCUCUUCUCCCAAGGGGGCCUUCCUCAGCGAUGAUGGAGCGUACACCUACUUCUACAAGGGUUCCAAGUACUGGAAGUUUGACAACCACCGUAUGAAGAGCGAACCAGGCUACCCCAAGUCCAUCCUAAGAGACUUCAUGGGCUGCACCGUGGAUCUGGACCCAGACAGAGACACGGACACAGACUCAGGACGCAAAUUCCCCGACGUGAACCGCCCGCCGUUCAACCCGGAUGUGAACGGACGUGACGGUGACAAAGGCAAAGACCCAGAGGGAACGGAUCGUGGUGGAACGGACAAAGACACGGGCAAAGGGUCGGACAGCGACAAAGACGAAGACUACCGAGAGGGUCGCGAGGAAGACACCAACGAGGUGGACGUGGUGCUGAAGGUGGACGACAGCGAGGAGCGGACCAUGAACAUCCUGAUGGUAACCAUCCCACUGGUCCUGGUGCUGUGCAUCCUGGGACUGAUCUACGCCAUCAUCAACACGUUGCAGAGCAAAGGGGCGCCGCGGCUGCUGGUGCACUGCAAGCGCUCGCUGCAGGACUGGGUCUGACCCUUGACAUUAGGGGACAGUGAACUUUGAACUUAAAUUGAAACCUUAGACACCACCCUCCUCUAAUCCAUCCCUCCUCCCAGUGAUCCAUCUGUCUCAUGUCUCUGUGCUCAGUGGCUCCUGCAACUCUUAGUACAUGUGGUAGAAGAUCCAAUACUGUACUGAUACACACACACACAUCUGCACACACACACACACACACACACACACACACACAAACACACACCACCCUAACCUCCUUCCGUCUACCAUGGUGCUCUACAAUGCGUUGACUGUAGUCUAUUUAUAUGAGAGAAGUUUGCACAUUGUUUUUUUUUCAUGUUUUUGUUUUGGUUCAUUUUGUGUGACUAUUUGUUGUUAUUAUUAUUAUUUCUAAACCAGGAAGACCGUUCUAUUCUUUCUGCACCGCCUCCCUCUAAUCUCAGUAGGGGCUUUGUCCUCCCUGAUAACUUGACAUCUGCUUAUGCUAUUGCAGCUGCCACAAAAGGAACUAAUGCAAAGGGUUAGAAAAGAACGAGCGAGAAUUGUAGACGGACCACAGUGCUUCAGUAGUGCUCUCCCUUCUCUCAUCAUCCUCUUCCAUCUCUUCCCUUUGCUCUGCAGUACAGUAUGUCAUGGGCUGGGAGGUGAGCGAGAGUGAAACAGGGUUUGGUCACAGACAUUUCACUGUAGUUUACAUUAAGAGGUAUUUUGACUCCUGCCUUGAGCCCAGAUAUUAUCCUCCCUUUGACUCCCACUGACAGAUGAGGCUACGGCUGUUAUUCUGAAGAUUGGACCAGUUCAGUUUGUUGUCAUACAGGCAUCACCUUGGUUUUAAAGGAUAAUUCCAAUUUAUGACAACUUAGAUUUUAUUUUUUAUAGUGGUUUUAAUAAUAAUAAUAAUAAUAAUAAUAACACUGUACUCAUCAAGAUAAUAGCUGAUAACUGGGAAUGUAGCAAUAUCACUGAAAAGAUUUUACAGGCUCAGAGGUUCAGUGUGUAGGAUUAAGGGGCACCUAUUGGCAGAAAUAGAAUAUAGUAUUCACACAAUGACCUGAAAAUUGUUGUGUUUUCGUUACCACCUUACCACCGUGUUUAUUCUACAGUAGCCCAGAAGAGACAAACCAAACAUUGGCUCCAGAUAGGGCUAAUUGCGUUUUUGCGUCAGCCAACAUAGUUUGUCAACACACACGGGAGAAAUUUCAGUUGUUUGCAAUCUGCAACUUCAAAGUAAGACGCACUAGACCUUUAGGGAAGCAUUUCACCCACCAAAUGAUAAAUUGUAGAUUAUUUUUGUUGCAUUUGAUAAAACGUUUUUCUCACGCCUUCACAUUGAGCAAAGAAUCCGAAAACAGAGAAUUCUUAAUGAAUUGAAGUUAUAGGGGGCUGCAUUUAAUAACAGCAAAACACCCAUUUACAAACUGUAAUUCUCAUUCUCAUUUAUUCGGACAUAUUGCUCAGUACUCCCCAGACACAUGCAUUUUCUCUAAAAUGGUACUAUUUAAAACACUUGCACAUUAACAGCACAGGCACCCGUCUCGUCCUUGCCUAAGAUUAAUUGAUACAAAUGGUCAUUUGGGGGGUGAAGUAUUCCUUAAAAACAAACCCCCAUGUCAGCCAAACUUAUUUGGAGGAAAAAAUGAAGACAGAUGGUAAAAUUCACACUCAAACUGUUUGGUGUAAACAUAAAUCAGCUUACAGACCAGCUUCCUGGUUCGACUUUGACCUGCCGUACUUAACGUAGCACAGACAGCAUUAGGGUGCGAUGGCGCUCACAUUUUAUGUGUGCUCACUGUUGGCCUAACUCCAAAUAAAUUGGUUCAGGCAAUGUCUAACAUGGGGCUCUGUUGGUAACGUAGCCCAAUAUCAAAAACUUGCUUCAAGGGGCUUUAUGAUCUGUACAGUAUUCAACACCCUCUAUCCAUAGACCCACGAUUCAGAUAAUGAUAAACUCCAAAAAAAUGGAGGAAGCUUUAACCAGUACAGCUGUUUCCCGCUGCUUCCAGUCUUUAAGCUAAGUAAAACGUUAUAACAUAUAGAAAUUGUAGCUAUAAAAAUAAGACCCAAGUUGUAAUAAAUAGUAAAUGUCCUUUGAAUUCAGACCACUGCUGCCUUGUUUUCCUUCUAAUCUUGUGCUCACGUAGUUGAACAGUAAGUCUACCUUCUUUAUUUUCCUUACUUGGAAAGCCUUUAAAGACCUUUUGGCUGAAAGGGUUCAGACUUUAAAGGGGAUUUCUUCCCUUAACUUUCAUUUAUGUGGCUAAUUCUCAGAGAGCUUCCUUUCUGUCAACAAUAAGACCUUUUCUUUGUGCGGGAGAGGAGACAGACUAAUGGUUAAUUUAAAAAGUCAGCUCACUGUGAAAUAACACAAGAGAGGGAGCAUUCAUCGCAUCCGUGUGCGUGUGUGUGUAACAUAAAACAAGGGAGAAACAAAGCAAAGCCAUGGCCUUUAACUUCGGGACAGGAUGUAACACCACAAGUGCAACACAGCAGUGGCAGGGUGCAGCUAAUGUACCAUGCAGUUUGUAAUAGACUUUUUACUGCUGGUGUUUUCUGAAAGGACGAUUUAAGAAACUUCACAGAUGACCUGCGGUUUAUCUGUUGUAAAUAUACCGUAGCUGUAAGCACCAGGGCGGGCUCAGGCCCUGCAGGAUCAUGUGAACACAGACUAAUCCUCUUCAUUAAAAAACAGCAGGUGUGUGCGAAUGUUGUUAACCCCUGCGACCCCUAAACUAAACCUUGAACUCCCAGAACCAAAACACUCUCUGCCCCCUUUUCAUCUCGCAAGAACAAAGAUGGGACAAAGAAAAUUGUCCUUCUUAACUACUCUGUUAUAUCAGUUUAAAAAAAAAAAAAGGCUGUGUUUUCCUUUUUUCCUGGCAGCCAUUGAUUUCCAUUUAUUUUUGUAGUAGAGUAUGGAAAUCACAUUAAUAAACUAUUGAAACGCAAAAAUAGUUUACUUUGAUGAUUUAAGCAUCUCAAGCAAGUUUUUUGAGUUUGCUUACUGAUUUUUAUACUGCACAGAAAUUAAUGCAAGCCAAUGGUUGCCAUGGAAAUAUGCGUGAAAAAAUCAGCACAGUAUACAGGACUGUUGUAAAUGGUUUUUACAUUGUUUAGUAGUAGUUCAGGAGGUGCAGUGUGUUAUCCUGUAAAAUAAUCUCUUAUUUUUCCUUGAAAGAAGCGAAGCAAUAUUCAUCAAAGACAAGAACAUUUCCUUUGACCCAUUUGUGAAUACAUUUUCGGGAACUUCUUUGGUCUGGUGACAUAACUCAUUUCUUGUGGAAUGAGCAGCCUUAUCUUAAGAUGUUCGAAAAUUGUAGCAGGAAUGGAAAAUGGGAAAUUAUCUCAUCAUUGCUAGUCUUUCACUAAAAAAAAAUCAAUUUUGAGUCUUGAAACCAGCCUGAAAUAAGAGAGUGUAGGAGUGGACGACUUUAGAGUGCCACUUCAAAUAUGAAUGGGAGGAAGGCUUAUCUGAGAGGUAAGCUGCCAAAUUGACCAGAGGGGGCUCAGCUCACCCGGCUCAGGUUACAGAUGUGGAUGGGGAGGGUGAGGAGAGACUGGAGACAAGGAAAAGCGGGUGGAGGGGGAGGGAGGCAGACCUCGUCUCCCUGAGCUUGCAGAGCUUGAAUCUCAGGAAUAAGGAGGGGUGGAAGGGAGAGAGAGAGAGUGAGACAGGAGUUUGAUGGCUCUAUCCCACUGGCAAAAGUUCAUGUGACCCAAAUCUCCUGUUAGCUCAACAGCAGCGCUGGCCAAAGAGGAAACUUUAGCUUACAGUAGGCGACAGAUCUUUUAAGUAAGCGCUUUGCUUGCAGAUGUCCCCUAUGUAACAACCUGCAUAUCGAUUCCAGUUGUGCCUCACGAGCAGCAGUAGUUUUGCUUCAUCCGUCUUUCUUUUGCCCCACAUGUUGAAAGACGGCACAGAUACAUGACUCUGCUGUUCUGUCAGGCCUCCAGCAAGGUGCAGACAGGCUGAGGUGAGACACCUACACAAACAGAGGUAAAGCUUACAGGACACUUACUGAAAGGAAGAAAGGGAAGAGCAUAAUCAGCCGUCACAAGAAGUCUGGAGAUUGAUCUGUGGCUAGUCAAUAGCAGUUGCCAGGAAACGGUGUCCUGUGUCCAUCGCUCACCUCCUCGCCAUCAGGGUUUUGGGGGGGAGGGGGGGGAUUGGCGGACGUAGCUAAUCAGCGUUAAAAGCCCCCACCCCCACCUCCUCUGCUCUCUCCUCAGCUGUCCUGUCCUUCCAUUGGUCCUACAGGCACAUCAAUGAGCGCUCAGACAGCCGAGUGUCUGGACAGGCUCAGAAAAUGUCGACUCAUUGCACUAGACACAGCAUUGUGUGUGCAGUUCUUGUUUAUCAGGCCUCCUUUUCUCCUCUGUAACCUCCGCACAGCGAGCCCACAGGGAGGUAACCACUUCAAAGCUAAAGUAACUACUUCAAUGUUGAAAAAAAGUCACUUGAGUUCUCUUUACCUGAAAUGUGAGUUUCUGCGAUUCAGCAGUUUGAGAGAUACUCUGUGGUUUGAGGCUGACGGAGAUUCAUUGUCUCCGGACAGCGAGCAGGAGAGAAACAUUGAAAGGUAUGGAGAGAGGCUGAUUGAUGCGUGUUUGUGUGUGUGUGGAGGUGUUCAGUUAAUCAGCUCUGCUCUCCAUAAGCGAGGCCUGUUUUCUGACUGUAAAUCUGCCACACUCUCCCUCUCUCCCCACCCCUCCACAUACUCAGCCCAGCCCUCUAAACCCGAGGGGAUCAUAACAACAACAAUGGCCUUCUCUCUCUCUCUUUCUCUCUCACUCUCUUUCUUCUCCCCCUAUUUGCUCUCUCCAUCAUACACACACAAACACAUUAUUGUCUUCCCCGGCAUCACCUUCCUCCCCUCCUUCCCCCUUUUUCCUCCCUCACCCUUUAAGAAACUAGUCCAGGCCAAGGUCCAGUUUCACACAGCGGAGCCUGUUUUUAGAUCAACCUCCUUGUUCAGCAACAUUUAAUACUGUGGAAUGACUCACUUACAAACAGUGUACCUGUCAGGUUUGUUGAACGCAGCAACAGGAUGUCACAUUCACAUAUAAAGUUGCAAAGGCUGAAUUUCUUUUAUGUUAAUGCCGCGGUCGUUUUGAUGAACAGGGCCUUGAUGCAAAGUUUAGGUAAGGUUAGGACAUCGCUGAGCUUGUCUAAGCUUUCAUCUCUCUCAGGAUGUGUUUCUGUAAACACUGCAAGUUAAGCGCUUCUCAUUCAGCCCCACUGUUUUGACUCUGAACAUCUUUUUUUUGUCUUUUAUUUUAAUGAACUGUUAAAAUCUCCACAAUCACUCAAACGGCAGGUAUUCUUCUAGCUGUGUCUGUGCUCUCCAGUUUCAGCUUCCUGCGGUCACUGUGUAUCCCUGCACUUUCUAAUAACCACGAGCUUCAAAGUCAUUGCAUCAGCCCCUGUGCAAAGUCUGAACUCUACUGGGAAAAACCAGAUCAAUAAAUAACGGACUGAACAGAUCAAAGAAAAAAAGAAAAAAAAACUGCAACAGUAUGACUGUUCUGUUACCGUUUCACUUGGCUCAACUUUGUGGCUUAAUGAUGGCUCGAACCCAAAGGAUCGUGGGUUGUCCAGAUGCUUCUCUCUUUUCCCAGAGUGCAUCUCACCUCGCUCAUCGACCCCUAUCCACUCUGAAACCACUCAUUUUAAAUCACCACUCCACUCCUCACCGCUGGGGAUGGAACAGAAAAGAUGGCUGACAAAUGACUUUCAGCAUCUGUGUCACAGCUUUGCCCCGGACGAGUGCAGCUCUCAUGGUGCUUCACACAGGCAUACAAACUGUUGAGCAGCCCACUGUAGAAAACUGUUUUCAUCCUCUAACUGCAGCUAAAGUAGAGAGUAGAUGUUGGAUUCAGUCAAUCCUGUGCUGACCAUCGAUAGUGGAACUUGGCAUCUCACACUAGGCCUCUCUUCAUUACUACCUGAGUAAUGGUUCAGUGACUUUCUGAAAAAAACUAAACCAUCAUCCCUGACUGGGAUGAGACGAGAAAAAGAAGAAAGCAGCGUCGAUCAGAAAAGAUGAGGUUACUGUUCGUCUAAAAAAAAUUAUUUUGAUUUUAUUUGUGCAUUUUUUUCUCUCCAAACUUGAUAGAAUAUUUUUGUUAAUAACAUUCCAAUUAGUUUUUUUGAUUGGUUGUUAGUGUUUUGUUUUUCUGUAGAAAAUGUAAGAUUUUAUACAUUUGUGUUGUUGUGUGUUCACCUCUAGUUGAGUGUGUUAACAAGCCAUGCUGGACAUGUACACAUUAAAAAAAAUGCUCUGAAAA